CCAUCUGUCUUGUCUUCCAACUUGGUGGUGCAUUAUCUCUUGGGACUUGAAACAUCGAAAAACAAAAUUGUCUUGGAACCAACCACCUAUCAAAAUGAAAUCAUUUUUGUCUCUUUUUCUCGUAGUUGCCGUGACCCUAUUCACAACUAGACCAACCUUGGUCGUUGCGGACGAAGUCACAGAAAAAGAGUGCGAGAAUCCGGAUGUUGCAGCUGAUGCCCCUCCAAAAGUGGAAGAAGAUCCAAAUUGCCCUUCCCGGGAACUAGUCAUCCGAUGUGCCGGGAUCCACCUCGAUGCCAACAAGAACGGAAAGCUCGAUCGUUCUGAACUUCAGGGCGCGAUCGAUCAGUUGCCUUGGUAUGCCCGUGGCAUUCUUCAGAUUCUCGGAUCCGUCGAUAAGAUGGUAAGCAAUGUGUUUCGAUGUAAUAUUUCUCGUCACGCUCUAGUAGGGGAAAUCAAAGGUUUCUGGAGCUUGGUUACUUUUUGACUUUUUACGGCCCAUGAUGCUCAAUUUUUCACGCUAUUGCGUUCCGUUGUCAUUCUUUGUCUCUGAUUAUUCCUUUCUGUCCAGAUGAAAAAAUGUGAUAUGGACGGCGACGACGCGAUUAGCAUGGAUUACGACAUGAUUCACAACGCCGAUCAAUGUUUGGCUAGUUGUUUCAAGCGCAAAGCGUUCAAAAGUUCGUUCUUUCCGGAUUGCGAAUAAGUGACCGAGUGCGUCGUCAAAUUAAUUGCUAGUUCCAUUUCUGGGAACGCGGGGAUCCAGCUGCAUAGGUUAAAUUUAUAAUGUGUCUAUAAAGUUGUCACAAGUGU